GUAAAACCUAAAAAGUCAAAAAUAAAAAGGGGAAAGUGGGAGAGGAGAGGUCUCAUCUCAAUCUACGUCUCUUCUUCUUCUUCUUCUUCUUCUUACAUUCUCCAGAGAGAAGCCGUCUUCUUCAUUCCUUCGUUUCAGCUUCUCUGCGAUUCCCAAAAAUGUCGAGCCGUUGGUUGAGACCUGAGGUGUAUCCUUUGUUCGCUGCCACCGGAGUCGCCGUUGGGAUCUGUGCGUUUUCGUUGAUCAGAAACAUCACCGGAAACCCUGAAGUCAGAUGCACAAAGGAGAACAGGGCUGCUGGAAUUUUGGAUAACUUUGCAGAGGGAGAGAAGUACAAGGAAAAUUUCCUCAGGAAGUUUGUUCGCAACAAGCAUCCUGAAAUCAUGCCUGGAAUCAACAAGUUCUUCACUGAUCCUAAAUACUGAAAACAAGCAUCAUCAUCAUCUUCCAAGACCUCAGCUUCGUCGUAUUGAAUUAUGGAAUUGAAUCUCCUGUGAUAUAAACCUCAUUUGUCAGUUUCACAUUGUUGAUGUAUCCUCCAGCUGAAAACUUAUUAAUGCUGGGCUUAUGUUGUCACUUUUUAAGCUGAACUAUUGCUCCCCUCUUUUGGCACCGUAACUUUAUAUUUUUAUAAUCAAAAUCUCAUCUGAGAGUAAUAAGCACUUGCUUUCUUCAA